UUACAUAACCUGGUUUACAACACAUCUGACAAAAUAUUGCAGUUAAACCCAGCUUUUGAUCAUAUUUAUCUGGUUCAACCUGAAAAGGAUUUUCGUGCAAGCUGUAUCACAGGUCUCCACUGCGCUGAUUUGUAUGGAGAGGGAAACAACCAAAGUGGAAUUUAUGAAAUUAAUCCUGAUGGAAAGGGAAGUUUCAAAGUGUUUUGUGAUAUGACAACAUCAGGUGGAGGAUGGACUGUAUUUCAACGUCGUCUUGAUGGAAGUGUUGACUUCUACCGAGGAUGGCAAGAUUACAAACAAGGUUUUGGUAACUUGAGCGGAGAAUAUUGGCUUGGUCUUGACAAAAUACACAGGAUGACAAAUAUUUUAGAAAAUGAACUUCGUAUCGACAUGGAAGAUACAUCUGGAAACACCAGAUGCGCUCAUUAUGAUUCUUUCACAGUCGACAGCGAAAUCAAAAAGUUUCGUUUGGUUAUUGGAGCAUUUGAAGGUACAGCAGGAGACUCGUUAUCAUAUCAUAACGGUAUGGCUUUCACCACCAAAGAUUCUGACAAUGAUAUUUGGGGUGGUAACUGUGCAGUGUCAUUCAAAGGAGCCUGGUGGUAUCGUGAUUGUCAUCAUUCCAAUUUGAAUGGUUUGUAUCAUGAUGGCGCACAAACAUCGUUUGCUGAUGGAGUCAACUGGAAACAUUGGAAAGGAUAUCAUUAUUCACUGAAAUCAACUUUGAUGAAAAUAAGGCCACGUGAAUUUAGAAUUAAAAAAUAA